AGCCGAACCACCUACCGAGGCAACUUGACGCCGGUGCGCACGGCGCGCGGAGAUCAGGUUCGAAACGCCGCAUCUCCAAAUCGCAUUCCGCACGCUGAAAUCUAAACCGAGGGCAUCAGGAUGUGUGACAUAAUCCCCGAGCCAUCUGAAAACUGCGCUCCUGCAAACAUGGCUCCUGGGUUGCUUUGACAGAGAGAUAUGUGGAUCUCUGUUCGGUAUCCGGACGCAUAAAACGAGGGGCGGACACCGACGGACCGAAACGUCAGCGCGCACUAAACUAUAAAUCUCUCCAAACCGCUCUGUCUGUAUUUUGCUCGGACGCGCGUCCUCCCUUCUCCAGUAUGAGAACAACGCGCGCGGACACCCGUCGAAGUGCGUAAGGCGCCAUCUGGAGCGCAGGAAAUGGGGAGUUGGAACCCCCCCUCUGCGCUGUUUACCGCCUCAACAUAAUGUCACAUUUGGGCGCAGUUGGAUAUAACGGCGCGCUGGCUGUCAGGCGCUCCUUGCGCUCGUGAAAAAGAUCUACUACGAUUAUUAAUAUUAUUAUUUGCACCGACUGACUGCUUUCGGCCGGAGAUGGUGGAUCACUCUCGGAUUUCCAUCGUGGAAACGUAGCAUCCAAUUAAUCAGUGAAUGCAACUGGACCCCGCGAGGCGCAGCUCUGCGCGUCGGACUUCAAAGUGUGGAAGGGCGCACGGAUCGCGCUGAAUCGGAGUAUGCAAAACACACCUUUGCGGUUCUGCUUUUGGAGACAACUCAAUUUGAACUCGUGUCGAAGGAGGACAAUUCGGGAUUGUGUCUGUUAAAAACGAUUUACGGAGCUGAUCCAGCUUCGGGACACUAAAUGAUUCGUGUUUUCUUUUUGGAUUUUAAAGCAAACAACCGAGUGAGUUUCAGGUCUGCAUGGGCCAUAUUUAAGCUUUCUUCAUAGGAACUGAGUCUAAAAUGAAGUUAUGGGAUGUUUUGGCCACGUGUUUGUUGCUCCUGAGCUCUGUUGCUACAAGGCCUCUGUACCAAAACACUCAGCCCGCCGAGAGGACUUACUUCUCCAGCAGCUACACUGAUUCUGUGUCGCUCUCUGCCGAGGACAAAGACCCAAAGUUCCAGCGUGAAGACGACAACCUGCAGCAGAUUUCUAUGGAGGAUCAGUAUGACAUCACAGGUCCCUAUCCAGAGCAGUUUGAUGAUGUAAUGGAUUUUAUUGAGGCUACCAUUGGCAGACUCCGGAGGUCGUCUGAGCCAAGUGGGCACUCCAGAGGAAGGAGGGAGCAGAGGCAAAGAGGAGCAUCAAACACAGACGGUACGAGACGUGUGGGGCGAGGACAUGGCGAAAGGAGGAGGGGCAGAGGCCGAGGGGGAAGUCGAGGCAGUAAAGGAGGCCGGGGUGAGAGGGGGCGGGAAAGGACAGCAGUGCAGAGCCGAGGUUGCCUGCUAAAGGAGGUCCACCUCAAUGUGACGGACUUGGGGCUCGGCUACCAGACUAAAGAGGAGCUGAUCUUUCGCUAUUGCAGUGGCCCCUGUGUUGAGGCAGAGACCAACUACGAUAAAAUACUCAACAACCUCACCCACAACAAAAAGCUGGAUAAGGACACGCCCUCUCGCACCUGCUGUCGACCAAUCGCUUUUGAUGACGACUUGUCUUUCUUGGAUGACAAUGUAGUGUAUCACACACUGAAGAAGCAUUCUGCCAGGAAGUGCGGCUGCGUCUGAGGAAGUCACAUGGAUGCAACAAAAUGAGACAUGGAGCUCCUUUACAGGUGGGUACAACCUCUCACAGGAGAGGCCUACAAGGUCAAAGAAGCAGUGCUGGAUCUACAUAGUCCUACGGAUCUACAGAGUCAUCAAACUGAAGUUACAAGAGAUACUUUGUACCAAGUACCAGACAGUUUUUUUGACUGUUAGAUGUAAGCAGAAGUGUAUCAGGUCUGUACACAUUCGCAGAUGAUACGAUGCUGUUACAUUUUUGAAAAUCAACAGUGAAGUAAAGCUAAGUUGGUUUAUUUUUUCAAGAAAGAACACAUUCUCCCAGGAAGAAGAUGUUCUACAAAUGAACAUGAAGAUUUAUGGAGUAUAUUCAGCAUACGUUCAAAGCCAAGGGACGAGGAAUACCAUGCCAGGCUUCAGCAAGGACUUUUUUUUUUUGGUGCAACGCAUCUACAUAAAUAUUUAAUCAUAUAUAUACAUCCAUAUAUAUAUAUAUAUAGAAAUACACGUGUGUGUAAGAGGUAUAUUUAUUAAGAUGGAAUUAACUUAUUGUUAUUUAUUUCAGUCCAUUCUAUGAGAGAAAUUUGUUGUUUUCUUAUUUAUUUAAAAGCUUUGUUUGUCCUGGUUGGUGCCCAUUGGAGCAUUUUCUCAAAUAUCUGACAGAAUGAUCUAGGCCUGAUAAUCACUCACCCAUCUCCGUCCUCACGCCUAACCGCUUCACAUAGAUACCAAUCAAUCCGCAGAGAGGAGGGGACCAAUAGAAGCUUUUCAGCUGAACUAAUCUCUUUUUUUGAGCAUUUUGCUAAUUAAGAUAUUGAGGACACUAGGCCUCAAGCAAGAACCACCCAUACGAACACGUUUGUUUGUAAGUAGCUUGUAUGAGGGACUUAAGAGAAAGUCCAGUAUUCACCAAUUUUUUUGAAUUUUUGAGGUUUUUUCGUGGGUACAAACAAAAUCUACAGGUGGUGCAUCCCUGUAAUAAGAGUUGUGGAAAUAGUUUGCUGUCAUCCAAACCUAAAUUUUCAAUAACUGAUUGAAUAUAUCAUCAUCAUCAUCAUCAUCAUCUAUUUUAUUUGAGCAGAGGAUAAGAAA